AUGUCUUCCACCGAGGGCAAGUCAAUCACCUGCAAGGCCGCCGUUGCCUGGGAAGCUGGCAAAGACCUGAGCAUUGAGGAUGUUGAGGUGCUCCCUCCUCGUGCUCACGAAGUCCGGAUACAGGUCCACUACACUGGUGUCUGCCAUACCGAUGCGUACAUGCUGAGUGGAAAGGACCCCGAGGGUGCUUUCCCGGUCAUCGCCGGCCACGAAGGUGCUGGCGUUGUGGAAAGCAUUGGCGAGGGCGUUACGAAUGUGAAGGUCGGCGACACUGUUGUUGCUCUUUACACACCAGAAUGCAAAGAGUGCAAGUUCUGCAAGUCCGGAAAGACCAACCUUUGCGGAAAGAUUCGUGCCACUCAGGGUAAGGGUGUCAUGCCUGAUGGCACCUCUCGCUUCAAGUGCAAGGGCAAGGACCUGCUGCACUUCAUGGGAUGCUCCACAUUUUCCCAGUACACCGUCGUUGCAGACAUUUCCGUUGUCGCCGUCACUGACAAGGCACCCAUGGACCGAACUUGCUUGCUAGGCUGUGGUAUCACCACUGGUUACGGCGCAGCAACCAUCACUGCUGGAAGAGACGGAGUUCAGGCGGGCGACAAUGUGGCUGUCUUUGGUGCAGGAUGUGUUGGUCUCAGUGUCAUCCAGGGUGCUGCCAGCAGGAAGGCAGGCAAGAUCAUCGUUGUCGACGUGAACGACUCGAAGAGGGAGUGGGCAAGCAAGUUCGGUGCAACAGACUUUGUCAACCCAUCGAAAGAUCUGAAGGAAGGCGAGAACAUCCAGACACGUCUGACAGAGAUGACCGACGGAGGCUGCGAUUACACAUUCGACUGCACGGGCAACGUCCACGUCAUGCGUUCCGCGCUCGAGGCUUGCCACAAGGGCUGGGGAGAGAGCAUCAUCAUUGGUGUUGCUGCUGCAGGCCAGGAGAUCGCCACGAGACCAUUCCAACUCGUUACCGGUCGUGUCUGGAAGGGAUGUGCUUUCGGUGGUGUCAAGGGUCGUAGCCAGAUGGGCGGUCUCAUCGAUGACUACAUGAGUGGCAAGCUCAAGGUCGACGAGUUCAUCACCCAUCGCCAGAACUUGAGCGGCAUCAACGAUGCCUUCCAUGACAUGCAUGCAGGCGACUGCAUUCGCUGCGUGGUGGACAUGAGGAAGCUGUAG